GUUCAGUCAUGGCUUUUCCUAACCCAUUUCAUGGCGGUAUUGGUCCAAACUUUGCAGGCAGUUUUCCAAACCCCACGGACCGCCCGUUUGAUUUUCGUGAGGUCAUUGAAGGCUUUCAACCCGGUGAAGAAGAUCACUUCCGCAGACUUGCAUUGAUUCGAGAAGCAGAGCUUCGGGGACGGCUAGAGUUUAGGAGCAGAAUGGAACCAUUGCCACCUGGUGUCGAUUUUAACGCUGGGAUGUUUGCGGGUAGAGAUGUGUUGAGAGAUAGAGAUCUGACAAUGAGGGAUGUGAGAAGUAGAGAUGACAGAGAUCAAAGCAG